AUAUAUAUAUAUAUAUAUAUAUAUAUAUCCAAACGGCAUCUGUACUGUUUCACACCUCAAGAUGGAUGCAGCUUGGAGCAAUUUCCUCUUUCAGACUCCGCCUUCACAGUCCCAAACUGAGGCGACCCUCCAAUCGGAUCUUCUACCGGAGCUCACGGAUGCCACUCAGGACCAACCCCCUGAACACAUAGCCCCGCCCCCAUCCACGGUGGACACCGCAGCGCUGAGUGAGGAGUCUGUACCCGAGAAGCCAGUUUCUCUGCCUGCCCGACCUGCACACAUCUGCUCCAUAUGUAAUAAGCAGUUUAAGAACAGUUAUAACCUGAGGCGUCACCAGUCUGUCCACACUGGAGUGAAGAUGAAGGACCGAGCCGCUAGAGAGAAAAUAGAUGGCGGGAAGGCUGCAGCACGGGUGGAAAGGCAGACCAUCCCUCUUUCUCUUCUCCAACUGUCCAUACCUGCCUCCAUAUCCACGGUAGUCGACCCCAUGGCCCAUCCUUCCCAAAUCAGCAAUCAGCAACUAGAGGCUGUUGCUGUCUCUAUCGCCCCAGCAACGGUUGCCAUGACAGUGACCCAGCCCCUCCCUACUGCAGUGGUAGUUACUGGGACAAUGGUGCAGUCUGCUCCAAAUAACAACACCAUGGAUAACCUGACUAAUCCCACCCCAAUCCAAAUAUCUAUCCCGAUAACAAACCCGCUGCCAGUAAAUCCAACUUCCAAUCGUAAUCCCAACCCUAACCCCAAUCCGGUAAGGAAGAACCAUGCUUGUGAGGCAUGUGGGAAGGCGUUCAGGGACGUGUACCAUCUUAACCGGCAUCGGUUGUCCCAUUCGGAUGAGAAGCCGUACUCCUGUCCCAUCUGCCAACAGCGGUUUAAGAGAAAGGAUCGGAUGAGUUAUCACGUCAGGUCACAUCAGGGAGGGGUGGAGAAACCAUAUGUGUGUCCCCACUGCGCCAAGGGCUUCUCACGGCCUGACCAUCUUAACAGUCAUGUGCGACAGGUGCACUCCACAGAAAGACCCUUCAAAUGUCCGACGUGCGAAUCUGCGUUCGCUACUAAAGACCGGUUACGAGCUCAUAUGAUCAGACACGAGGACAAGGUUCCCUGCCACAUCUGUGGCAAACUUCUCUCCCCUGCUUACAUCACAGAUCACAUGAGAGUCCAUAACCAGUCACAGCAUCAUGUGUGCCACCUUUGCAACCGCAGUUUCACCACACUGACAUACCUGCGUGUCCAUGCUCAGAAGCACCAUGGGCAAGAGUGGAAGGAGAGUGGGGUCGGCCGUGGCUCCGGCCCAGGUGGGGUGCUGUUAUGCCAGCUGUGUGGGGUGCACUGUAAGACACCCACGCAGCUCCAGGGCCACAUGGCCACCCACGCCAACCAGACAGACCCCAACGUCCCUUGCCCAAUCAGCAGCAGCAGCAGCAGCAGCAGUACUGUGGCAACUGUAGGCGGAGCCAUUGCUGUGUCCAGCCCUCCAGUCACAGUUGGACUGCUGGUGACUGACUGCUCCAGCAUUGCUCCUCAGAGCCACAGCUAGCCAACAGCACACCAUGAGGAGGGAGGGAGCGGUGGAUGAGGCGGGGAUUAUUGGGUGGGUGAGGAGAAAAAUGUACAAGAGGAUUGGCCUAACCUGUACAGGCUGCCAUGGAAAUGCCAAUACAAAGAUUGCCAUGGAAACUUACCCAUAACGCCCCCACCCCCCCCAUCCACCUCAAAUCUUGCUGGCACUGUGCUGGAACUGAAUGACUCUCCUCAAAAGAAGUAUGAAAUUUUAUGAACUCAAGAAACAUUAACCUGCUUCAAAUUCACUUUUAUGUGCAGACGGAACAGCAAGUCCUACUGGAUUAGUUGUCCAUCAUAUGCUUUGAUCUGGUCUGAUAUUGUUUUGAAGAAGAGCCCCACGUUUCUAUGAAGAUCUGAUGGACGUCUGAGUUGAAAGUCCCCAUGGAGAGGUUUUAAAUGUAGGCUGUUAUUAAGUGCUGUCCCAGUUCAUUAUAAAAAUUCCAGUGUUAAGGAAUGUAGAACAUAUUAUGCCUUCCAACCAUUUCCUUAUAUCAUAACGGCUCAGAUCAAACUCACUACAACAUAUGGACUUGAAGAAAAAAGAGAUACAUUUCAUAAAUGAAUUUACUCUGUUGUAAGAGAUCAUUCCAUCUUAAAUGAUCUUUACAUGACAUCUUCACAGAACUUUUUAGGGGAUCAAAUAUGGUGCCAUUUCCUCUCAUUUAUCCCUGCGAAGGGUUGUAAAGGUUUUAAACGUGGUCAUAUGGACAACAUAUAUAUAUUUGUAAUGUACGUAGUAUAUGUGAACACUAAAGAAACGCAUUUAUUGUUCAA